AUGAAGUUUAUAUCCCCUUCUUUUGGUCUCUGCUCCGUCCUCUUGGGUGCGAGUGCAGCGAGAGCGUUCGCCCCUGCCCACCCUCCAUAUCUGAGUCUUAGACAUCGUUCUGUGAUCAUUGCACGAGCCGAUGCACCCCCUGCUUGUGCCAGCAAGCAACUCUCGGCCAACUCUACCAAUUCCAAUGCUACGAACGUGAUCACCACCGCUCUCGGUGGAACCACGAACUCGACGGUGGACCCAGUGGCCUUCAACAACGGCAAUUCAACAGGAGUUAAUGUCACUGCAGCAGCAGUCACUUCUCCAGCAUCGGUCAACGCAUCUGCCCCUCUACCGACGGGCGCCGUCAAUUCCACCGUCACCGAUCCCCUUGUCGGUGGCAAUGGUACCGCCAACUCAACGAUCAACCUCACAAAGCGCCUUGCUCAGUUCGAUUUGCCCGACGUUGCAACCGCGUGGCAGGAGCUUUGCUUGAUCAGCGGGGCAGACGUUUUCACACCUACUGGUGACGAUUCGCCAUGUGUCAAACUCGCUGGGUUCGAUGGAAUCAACGCAUUACUUGCAAACGCAGGUCCUUGUGAUCAGCAAGACAACGCCGACGCAAUGAUUGAUUUCGCCAAAUCGCCUGGCGUUUCCAAUUCGGAUGUCCUCAUCAACUUUGCGAUUCAGUAUCGUAAGCAUGCUAGGAAUGCCCUCAAUGUAUUGGGCGUUGUGCCGUCCACACCUUACUGCCAAAAGCCGCCGAGAAACGCGGAGCUCAAAGGCAUAGUUAACUCUCAACUGGACGGUGUUGAUCCAGGCGUAUUCGGUGGACCAAACUCGCCUAUGGUGUCCUUUGGAGCUCCUGGAACAUGCCCCUUCGGGACUACACCUGAUGUCGCAACCUGUUCCUGCAUCCCCGGCAAUGCCACUAAUAUAGUUGCACCCGCAAACGCUACAGCGACAUUUGACGAAGGCCCCCUUCCUUCUGCUACCGUCAAUUCUACGGCAACAUUUGAUGAAGGUCCACUUCCUACCGACAGCGCCACCGCAAACGCGAUAGUCGCCAAUUCGACGGCGUCCUUUGACGAAGGUCCUCUCCCUACAGGCAGUGCCAGCGCUGCGAUCGCUGAUUCUACGGCGUCCUUCGACGAAGGGCCUCUUCCUACGUCCAACACCAAUUCCACAGCGUCGUUCGACGAUGGACCUCUUCCCACUUCCGAUGCUAGUGGGGCUGUCGCUGCUCCCACCGCGUCAUUUGAUGAGGGUCCCCUCCCUACGUCUGGUGCCGGUGCUUUUGAUGAAGGUCCAUUGCCUUAG